UGAAAUCAUACACUGUUGUUUAAACAGCUGCUUAAAUGUUACGAUCUGUUCUUUUAUAGCUUAUAUGCGUAAAAAAUAAAAACUGUGCUUUAUAAUCCGAACCACAGUCAGUGUCAUUUAACAAUAAAACGGGCAAAUGGCGUUGAAGAGGAUCCAAAAGGAGUUAACAGACCUACAGAGGGACCCACCUGCACAGUGUUCAGCAGGACCAGUGGGAGAAGACUUGUUUCACUGGCAGGCAACGAUAAUGGGGCCGAACGACAGUCCUUACCAAGGUGGCGUCUUCUUCCUCACUAUUCACUUCCCUACAGAUUACCCCUUCAAACCUCCUAAGGUGGCGUUCACGACGAAGAUUUACCAUCCCAACAUCAACAGUAACGGCAGCAUCUGCCUCGACAUCCUGCGCUCGCAGUGGUCUCCUGCACUCACUGUAUCGAAAGUCCUGCUCUCUAUCUGUUCCCUGUUAUGUGACCCAAACCCCGAUGACCCUCUAGUGCCUGAGAUUGCACACACAUACAAAGCUGACAGAGAAAAGUACAACAGACUAGCAAGAGAAUGGACGCAAAAGUACGCCAUGUGAGAGCGCCACCGUCUGCUCGAAGCCGCCACAGAGAGCAAACGACCAGGAGGAACCGGUUUUAACUUUUUUACACGCGAGGAAAAAACAAGUGGAUUGAAGGCUGGAUCAACACCAAGAUGAAGCGGAGGGACCAGUUAACAACACUGCACAUUGGCUGCCAAGUGCCAAAAAUCCCAUUGCCGUGUGCCAGAGCGUAACGGAUCCUCUGAGCGAGAGUCUGGAAAAUACUGGGAAAACCUCUGGCUAGCCAGACUCAUGAGUAUUAGUACUACUGCUGUUGUGAUGGAUUCUUUCUCCGUGAUCCCGUCGCCUCUUUAUCAUCUCGGUUUGUUGAUGCCUGUGCCAGGCUGGCACUAGACACGGUGGAAAUUCCCUUGGCCGUGCCAAUAUUCACAGCAUCUUGUUUUCUUUUCUUUUCUGUAGGUAUCAGUUGUGUGUUUUUGUGUGUUGAGAGUAUGAUCAGCCCAAAAGUAUGUGGACACCUGAUCUUGAGCUGCCUCUUUUCAAAACCGUGGGUUUCCUUUUGCUGACUCUUCAGAAUGGUUUCCAAAAGAUUUUGAUGUCAUACUGGAAUGGAACUGGAAGGUCAGAUGAUGCUUGCAGUGUUCCAGUUCAUCCCAGUUGUGUUCACUGGGGUUCACUGAGCCCUUUUGCAAGGAGCCCAGAACAAGGGACUGGUACUGUACUGCUGUGUACAUCUACACAGAGCCAUGUUGAGCUCUCCUUGCUAAGUGUUUUACAUGAAGACAUGAACAGUGUUCUCCUCAAAGCUCUCAGAACUGCAGAACUAACCUCGGACGUGUCGCAUUAGUAAAUAAAGCUCCUUUUGUUUUA